AUGAAGUUCGUAUCAUUGCUGCAUCUGUUGGCCUUUGUUGGCGCAGGGUACGCUUGCGGCGGUCAUGACGACGGCAAGGAAUGGAGUAAAGAGGAACUGGCUGAGUUGGAGGCAAAAUGGGGACACGAGUGGUCGUUCAAUGGCAUCGGGUCAUUCGCUCACUUAGACUACGUCAAGUGUCUUACUACGCCUCAGGAGAAGUACGAUAUUGCAAUCAUCGGCGCUCCUUUUGACACUGCCGUUUCUUUCAGACCAGGCGCUCGCUUUGGACCAAGGGCCAUCAGACAGGCUUCUGCUCGCCAGACCUCACUGCGGGCGUUCAAUCCUCGCGCCAACAUCAAUCCCUAUCAAAACUGGGCCAAGAUUAUUGACUGCGGAGACAUUCCCAUCACGCCGUUUGACAAUGCUAUUGCUCAGGAGCAGAUGACGCAGGCGUUCAAGGCUCUUGGAAGGGGCCGACCAGUAAGCUCGUUGAGCCAUGGUAAGCCGAAGCUCAUCACGCUGGGUGGCGAUCACAGCCUGGCACUUCCCGCGUUGAGGUCGUUGAAUGAGAUUUACGGCAAGCCAGUUCGUGUACUUCACUUCGAUGCUCACCUUGAUACUUGGGAUCCCGCCUCGUACCCAUCAGCCUGGGGCUCAACACACUUCACUCACGGCUCCAUGUUCUGGAUGGCUAACCAGGAAGGACUUUUGUCAAACGCAUCUACCGGACAGUCUGUCCAUGCUGGUUUGCGUACGCGACUAAGCGGCACCGACUGGACUGACAACGAGUCCGAUUCCGCGCAGAACUGGGUUCGAUUCGCCGCCGAUGAGAUUGACGAGAUCGGCACCAAGGGCAUCAUUGACGGCAUUAUGUCAGUGUUGGGAACAGAGGACCCCGUGUACCUCUCUGUUGAUAUUGACGUGCUUGAUCCUGCUUUCGCACCUGGUACUGGAACUCCCGAGCCCGGUGGUUGGACGACCAGAGAGUUUAUCAAGAUUCUUCGUGGAAUUGAAGGUCUGAAUAUUGUUGGUGCUGAUGUUGUGGAGGUUAGUCCCGCGUAUCAGGGGCGAGGCGAGGAGACUGCCCUGGCUGCGGCGCAGGUUGUUUAUGAGAUUUUGAGCUCUAUUGUUAAGAGGGGGUUGAAGGAUGGGGCUAAGGAAACGUCGGGAGAUGUCAAGGAUGAGUUGUAA